ACUGCAGAUCGCCCUUGGUUGCUCUUGGCUCAUGGGUUCAGCCGCACUCUCCCACUAAGACUUGGGGGUUGCUGGGAUCAGACUGCAACACGGUCGGACACCACUCCGAGUAGUGGCCGCAGGCGAGUAUGUAAAACUUGCUUCGGUUGGCCCAGAAGUCUAGCACUCAUUAAUGCUGCGGAACUCCACCCAAUGAUGUCUGUUUUUACUCUGGCGCUCUCAACAAUGUACAUAGAGGGUGCCACGUUUGUUGAUUCGCGAAGCGAAGAAGCUGCGCAAAUAGAGUAUCUUUUUUUAUGUUGGACAUAUUACGGUGCUUAGGUUGUCUGGCAUCACUCCGAAUCUCAGUAUAAAACCUACUUCAACUAACGGCCGCCAAUUGCCCGCUCCUCGUUCUGCAAUGCCUUUUGGUCGGCUCUCUAGGCUGUCUGCUCUCGCAGUUGUGGCCUGUCUCCCGUCUGCCCUAGGCUUCCAACCAGGAGCUGACUAUGGUGACUACAAGACCACCAACUUGUACAACUGCUCGGGCUCCUUCCACACGUCCAAUGUAACUGUCCCGAACAGCGCAGAUACGCUGCCCCAGAUCCAGCCUUUCUCGGCCUCGGGUUGGGAGCACUGGGACUUCUUCAGCCACGGAACAUUCCCGAUCAUCUUGAGGUGGUCUCAAGGAGAUCAGAGCAUGAGCAAUACGUCGCCAUCCGUCGGAAAAAUUGAUGUGCUGAUUUGGAACGUCAAUGGCACGAACGUCCAGUCUACCCUCGCUGGUCCGCUCACCUACAAGAGCGGGGGUGUCAACGAGAUUAUGAUCGGGACGAAUUCCUUCAAGUGGGACAGCGCUGCCCAGUGGUUUAACGUGACUCUGCGGGUGAACGGGUACACGCUGGUGCUGAAUACCUUCUCGGCGAUGUUGGAUAGUUUCCAUCCGAAUGUUGGGUAUUACGAUGGAUUGCUGAGUAACGUUGGGGAUCCCGCUGUGUAUGGUUCCGUUCCAGUGCCUCGUGGACACUCUUCUGGGUACCUGGCGACGCCUGAUCUCCAGAACAUAAGCCUUGAUGCACUCACCGUCUUGCAGCAUACGUUCUCCCAACAGGCGUUACCCCCCUACAUCAACAAAUAUAGCACUGCAGUUGCUUGGGGAUACAGCAAGAGCUUUUACGAUACCCAUAUUUUCUAUCAAAUAGAAGAAGGCAAUGGAACGGUCCACGAAGCCGCGUAUCUGGGACGCGCUAUACCCUUCCCUGGCUCAACGGAUACGUUCGAAAGCACCUCCGUGACCUAUGCAGUGACAGAUGACACAGCUCUCUACCAACUUUCCGUCAAUCCUGUCAUGGGAAUGAUUAACGCGUCGUUGCCUGGGUGUCCCGCGACGAACAACAUCUCGUACGCGUUUAAUCUGACCACGGCGAAUUCACUUGGGAACUUUACGGACCUCGGAGGUGGUGUGACGAUGUACUACGCAUUGAAUGGGUCGACGACCGCUCCAUUCAACGGAAGUGCAGUGACCGGGUUCAUCGCCGGCGUAUUCCAGCUCUAUCAGGCUCCUGCUAAGCAGAGCUCUUGAGGACUUUUUUGUGAACAAUGGAUUUGUGAUAGACUUUUUACCAGAUCGCGAUCACGUGCUGCGCUCUUACACCUUUCUUUGACCCAC